UUCGCAUGUCUCAGUCUCCAUGGCUUAAAAUGAGGUGGGGGGAGUGGGACUAACUCCCCGGGGGAGGCUGCGUCCGGCCCCAGUUUUCUUCCUGGGAUGUACACGUGUCACUUUGGCACAGUUCCAGAAGAUGGGAAGGAGCUGCUUGUCUGGCUAUGGGCUUUUUACGGGUCAGGAGUGAAUCUCCCCCCCCCCGCCCCCAUUUCAGGGGCUUUCGCAGCGCUCAGCUCCUUGCCCGACCUAAAGUAGGAGCCCUCAGAGCGCGAUUGCUGGAUGUAUUCGGAGAAUGAAUGAACAGAUGAAUGAAUGACUUGGUGCAAGUAGGCCUCCGGUUAGACCUGGGUGUGGCCCAGACCUGGCUUUUCUUGGAAGCCAGAAAUCCCAGCUGGCUGCCCCAGCCCUGAGGCAUGCUUCCUUGAAGAAUGUGACAUCUCACUGCUUGGUUGGCAAAAUCUCUUCCCAACUCUGAAACUGGUGGGAAUCCGCACCAUCGUGGCCCACCCCUCCACCCGCCUACUCCCGUACCCCCAACCGGGGAAACAAGCCUGAGGCCCCAGGGACGUUACAAGACUAGUUUGUUGCCAAAGUGGAGUUAGAUGGUACAUCCCUGCUUUGCCCACCUGGUUCCCCACCCGCAUCCCCCACAGUAGCCUCCCUUUGGAUGACCUGCACUUUCCUCACUGCCUUUAACAAAUUAUAUUUGCGUUUGGCACUUGGCCCAGCCUUCCCUCUGCCUUGGCUGUGUAGUAUGGAGGUUAGAAUGGGAGUCCCAGUUCAUAUAUCAGCUUCAUUGCUUAAUAGCUGAGUGCCCUUGGCAAGCUUAGUUCUCCUUUAAGCCUAGAUUUCCUCAUGUAUAAAAUGGUGAUAAUUAUUCCCAUCGCAUAGGGUUGUUGGGAGAAUUAAAUAAGACUGUAAUGUAAAAUACUUGGCAGGUAGCAAAUGUUGAUGCAUGUAACUAUUACCACGGUGUGCUUCCCACUGUGAUAUCUCAAACUUCUUUAGGUGGUCAAACUUCAUGCUUGGGACUUUGACAUUUGGAAAGUCCACGUUGGCCCAGUGUCCUUAACUGAAUAUUUGCCUUCUUCCCCGCCCCAUGUUUCAGCCUGGCCCUAGAACUGCUGUCCGAAACCUUUUACUCCAGGCCUCCGGUUGGUGCAGCAUUGCCCCUGGGAGAAUGGAAGGGUCAGUUUUGCUGAGCCUGUCCAUCCCAAACCCCAUGGGAAAACGGAGCUGGGUUGUGAGGGCCUUGAUUUCACUCUGCAUUCACUCAUUCAUUCAGGCUGCCCUCCCAAAGGCCACCAUACUGGAUCUGUCCUGCAAUAAACUGACUGCUCUACCGUCGGAUUUCUGUGGCCUCACACACCUGGUGAAGCUGGACCUGAGUAAGAACAAACUGCGGCAGCUACCAGCAGACUUUGGCCGCCUGGUCAACCUCCAGCACCUGGACCUCCUCAACAACAGGCUGGUCACCCUGCCUGUCAGCUUUGCUCAGCUCAAGAGUCUGAAGUGGCUGGACCUGAAGGAUAACCCCCUGGAUCCUGUCCUGGCCAAGGUGGCAGGGGAUUGCUUGGAUGAGAAGCAGUGUAAGCAGUGUGCCAACAAGGUGUUACAGCACAUGAAGGCUGUGCAGGUGGAUCAGGAGCGAGAGAGGCAGCGGCGGCUGGAAAUAGACCGAGAGGCCGAGAAGAAGUGGGAGGCCAAGCAGCGAGCUAAGGAGGCUCAGGAGCGGGAACUGCGGAAGCGGGAGAAGGCGGAAGAGAAGGAGCGCCGGAGGAAGGAGUAUGACGCCCUCAAAGCAGCCAAGCGGGAACAGGAGAAGAAACCUAAGAAGGAAGCAAAUCAGGCCCCGAAAUCUAAGUCCGGCUCUCGGCCCCGGAAGCCACCACCCCGGAAACACACUCGCUCCUGGGCUGUGCUGAGGCUGCUGCUGCUGCUGCUGCUGCUGUGUGUGGCUGGCGGGCUGGUCGCCUGUCGGGUGACGGAGCUGCAGCAGCAGCCCCUCUGCACCAGCGUGAACACCAUCUACGACAGCGCGCUCCGGGGCCUGCGCAGCCACGACAUCCUCCGGUGGGUCCUGCAGACCGAUUCUCAGCAGUGAGCUUGUCCUCCACACCUGCUGCCUCCCAGCCUUGGAGCUUGGAUUCCUAUGGAAUUGGGUUCUGUUGGACACAACCUCUUUUUAGUGUCAGACCUACCUGCCAUCAUCACAUGGCUGCCGUUUGGUACUUGAGACCUCCUCUUUGUAAGACUUCUUUGUUCCUUAGUCAGGGUUCCCUGGUGGAAUAAGGAGAAAUAGGAGGUGGGGCCAGUUACCUGCAUGCUUAAAAGAAUAGGCUUGGGGUGGGGAGAGGACAAAACAUAGCCUUUUCUAGUUGUUAUACAAAGCUGUAUAAAGGCAAGACUCAUUUCUACUAAAGGUCAGCUGUCACUACAUUUAUACUUUUGUGUGUCACAAACCCUUUCUUUCAUUCCUCCCUGGGGAGCCAGGGCAGAUCAGGAGGCAGUGUGUUAUUGGGGACUAGGGGAACACCAUACUCAGCAAAUCUAGUCUAAAUUGGGGGGGAGGGGCGUACCUAUUUUUUAAGGACCUCAGACAUUCAGAUAUUUUAACAGUCAUACAAAAUCUCAGGCUGUGACAGGACUUCCAGACCAUCCAGUCCAAUGUAACACUUGUAGACAGGGAAACUGAGGCCUUCCAUGACUUGCCUAUGGUCUCCUAGCUGGUUUGAGGCAGAACUGGAUUCCCACCCUGGUAUCCUUUCUUCCCAUCAUUUUGCCUCCUUUAUAGUGUACUGAGAGAACACAACUUACACCAGAAUUGUCUCUUGGCUGGAGUAUAGAAUCUUUCACGGGAAACAGAUUCAUGACCCACAGAUAGAAAUCUCAUAGCCAUGAGGGUCUUGGGCAGCUCUUGUAGAGUCCUGCGGCACUUCAUGUGGCUUCUGUAAAAUGGGGAUGGUCCAGGCUCCUUGCGUCAAUUUGAGAGCAUUAAUUCCCUGAUUGCCAAUAAACAAGAAGGUGGACCCUUGCAAAGCCACAUUGUCUGUGACAGCUCUCUUACAUAAUCGGUGUGACUAAAUACCUCACAGGCAACCUGAAAACUAAAGCUUCAUAAGAGACUGAGGUUUAGAAUUGAUUCUAGAUAUAACUACACAAUGAAGGGAAAUAAGUAGCAUCAUGGAGUUUAAAAGUGGUACACUAACGACUUGCAUGAAUAAGGGCAGAACUGUCCAUUCUCUUGUCUGCCAGACUCAGCAUUUUCUUGCUCUGUGGCCUCCUUUUGCCUCCUUUCACAACAGUUGGAUGAAGGGAUCAGAAAUGGCCGUCACGGUGCUCAAUUCACAGAAGACUCCCGAUUCCCCAGGGAGAGCAAGAACCUGUCAUGUCCAGAGACAGAGUGGGGUUCGUCUUCUCACUGACACUUGUGACCGUCCUGACAGUGGAAGAAAAGACUUGUUCUUUUCUCCCUCAGGGAGAGCUCUGCUGCGUAGGCCCACACCUUACUCAGAAUCACUACACAUUCCUUUAGUCUUCCUCCAAGCUCCAGAGCCAUUGGUACAAAUGCUUUAUUGAAACUAAACACAUAGUACAUAAAAUGAGAUUAAGAGAAUACAGAAGUCAGCAUAGUGAUCAGACCUCCCCCCGUUCCUUGGCUGCUUGAGGCAGCUUCCGUGGACGGGAGGAAGGCGGGAGCACGUCCAGCCUUGUCAAGCAGCCCGCCGAGGGCAGUUCACUUGUGACCUCAAGAUUUGACGCUGAGGUUCUUUUGGAUUUUUACAGUUAUUAAAUACGUGUCUGAGUGGUC